UAUCAAUUCCAGAAGAUUCUUUAAAUUUUUAUUCAUUUAAUAGAUUUUAUUAUUUUUAAAAUUAUUUAACACACUUUAUAAUUGUUUUAAACCGUUUAUUAAUUAUUAUAAAUUAGAUUACUUUAGUACUAAAUGGUGUGAGUGGCAGUAUUUUAGAAUCUUGCAUCUAAAUGGUAAAAUUAACAAUAUACCUACCUCUAUUAAUACUAAUUUGUGCUAUUCGCAGUUCCUUUUCCAUCACAGUUUUGGAUAAUAAGAGAACCUUCAAUUAUUUUCCUCAAAAUUUUAAUAAUAGAAGGUGUAAAGAAUUAGUGAACGCAACGAAAUUAAAACUUAAAGACUUGUACAACACUGCUAUAAAUGAAGUUAAGAGUUACCCUGUUUCAUUUGCCGUUACUGGAGCCUCUUUAUGUCUUUCAACUGCUGUUUGGACGAAGUGCAUAGAUUUGUCUGGAUUACCUCAUAAAAUGCCUCCUAAGAACAUCACGGAGUCCGUAAAGAUGUUCUUGAAUCUCCUUCUUAUUCGGAAAUUUGAUGGAUACGCUUUACUGAAUAUACUCAGUCUUUACAAAACCAUGAGGGACUUAGAGUUUCGUUCCGGUUCUAAAUCUACUCUUGAGCUUUUUUGGCUGAACGCUGCUUUAUCUUUUGUUUAUUCUGUUAUUUUUGACCAGAUUCUCGAUUUUAACUUCUUUUCUCGUUCUUUAACUGCCAUUUCUUGUUUUAGUAACCCUGAAGCAGAGGUUCUUUUCUAUGGUCUUUUUAAAACUAAAAACAAGUACUUACUCGUCUAUUUGUUGCUUUCCGACUACUUACUCACACUUAAUUUCCAAAACUUUCUCGAUGGUCUAUAUGCCAUUUCACAAGGGUCCGGUUCACUACUACUUUAUAGGUUUUUACGUAGAAAAAAAUGAGACUACACCUUUACACAAUAAUUUUAUAAACAAUA